GAAGAUGAAGAUCUGACAAUGGAAGACCUAAUGAGCAUUGCAAAAGAGUUUGUGCAAGAUGAUGAGGUUGCUCAACCAGUUGUGUCAUUAAAACAUGAACAUAGGGACGAGGAUGCUCAUUCUCAACACAUCCAGUGUGGAAGCUCCAUUAGAGUCCCUCAAGGAAACACCAGAUCAUUUCAAGAUCGAGGAACUAGUUCUUCUAGUAUUGCAGUGGAGAAUCUGACAGGUGAAGGUCCGACCUGUAAGCCGACUAUGUCAGGAAAUCCUACACAAGACAUGUUGGAUCUGUUUUUGGGUCCUUUGCUCAAGAAAACCCAAGAACAAGAGAAGGAUGGUGUACCACUUGCAGAGGAGAUAAACUUCACCCGUGAAGUUAAAAAACAGGCAUAUAGUGUUGUGCUUGGUGAAGAAGAACCACCCGUUGUUAUGAAGAAGAAGACCAGUCUCAAGGACAAGGUAGCAAUGUUUCUUGACUGACCAGGACAUCACAUUGUAAGAACUUCUAAGCCACUAGAGUUCCUGGAAUGUCAUCUUCUCUUGACCAUAGUAUAGCUUGUGUUCAUAUUGUUAGAUGCUUUUCAGCCCCUCUCAAAUUUUUUACUGGUUUUGAGGCUGCAAUGAGUGACUUUCCGCCUUGUAUAGCUUGUGGAACUAAUAUGCAAUCCCAUCGGAAACUCAUGCAUGAACAUUGCCAUGUCCAUGGUGAAGGUGAUGCAUUCAUGUCAAUAGAUGUAUUUGUUACUGUAUAAUGGACGACUAACUUCUCUAGUUUU